CAUGAUUUGAUUCACUUCAAAAGUUUGGAAAAAUAAAUUGGUGUCAAUGUUAAUAGUUAAACCAGACUCAACGCUCAAGUUUCUGCCAUCCGUCAGGCUUAUCAACAACUUGAACAACCGCAAAGGUAGCCGUACGGGAAAUUCCGGCAACCAUCUCGAGUUCCAGGUGCUCACCCAGAUUCAGUACGUACCCUGAGAGCGGUAACUACCGGAUACCAAGC